AUGAAGUCCCCCGUCGGCCGACCGAUUUCCGUAGUUGUCGGCGAAUCUCGCGAGUGCGCCAUUACGGAGAGGCCCGAGGAGAGCGCCCCUGCAGCAGCCAACGCAGGGGUACUACCGGCCAUAUACGUGAACGACGGCUACGUCGACAGCCUGAGCGAAUGUUACUUCGCGGGAAAAGGCGCAGCCCUGGUUUUGCCGCCGAACGAAAGGGCUCGGCCCUCCAGGCGAGUCUCGGCGGCAGGAUGCGAUAUCCAGCAGCACUUGCAAUCCAUGUUCUACCUGUUGAGACCCGAGGAGACUCUGAAGAUGGCCGUGAAACUGGAGUCGGUGCAUCCAGGAAGGACGCGAUAUCUCGUCGUCGUCUCGUGCACAGGAAGGCAGGACGCCGAGGAGAGCUGUCUUCUGGGUAUCGAUUGCCACGCCAGGGCGACCGUCGGUCUCGUGCUACGAGUUUUGGCCGACACCGCUAUCACUCUCGACGGCGACGGGGGUUUCAAGGUCAGCGUUUGCGGCCGUCAACAUAUCUUCAAGCCGGUGUCCGUUCAAGCCAUGUGGUCAGCCUUGCAGACGUUGCACAAGGUGUCCGGUAAGGCACGCGAGCAAAACUAUUUUCUAGGUGGACUGUCUCACGACUGGGUCAGCUACUAUGAGCAACGAAUCGAGAGCGAUCGGUCGUGCCUCAACGAGUGGCACGCCAUGGACAAUCUGGAGUCCAAGAGACCGCCGUCACCGGACAGCGUACGCACCAAGCCCAGGGAAAGAGAGGAGACCGAGCGCGUGAUUCGAUCUACGCUGAAGGAAAUCAUGAUGUCCGUGGAUCUCGAUGAGGUUACUUCCAAAUACAUUAGGGGCAGACUUGAGGAGGAUCUCGAUAUGGACCUUGGAGAAUUCAAGCCGUUUAUCGAUCAGGAGAUGCUCACCAUACUGGGGCAAAUGGAUGCGCCAACCGAGAUAUUCGAUCAUGUCUAUCUCGGGAGCGAGUGGAACGCCAGCAAUUUAGAGGAACUGCAGAAAAAUGGCGUAAGGCACAUCUUGAACGUCACUCGAGAGAUCGACAAUUUCUUCCCGGGAAUGUUCACCUAUCUGAACGUGCGUGUGUACGAUGACGAGAAGACGGACCUGUUGAAGCAUUGGGACAACACGUUCAAAUACAUCACCAAGGCGAAGAAGGAAGGCUCCAAAGUGCUGGUGCACUGCAAGAUGGGCGUGUCUCGGUCUGCCUCUGUGGUGAUAGCUUACGCGAUGAAGGCUUACAACUGGGACUUCUCGCAGGCGUGGAAGCACGUUAAGGAGAAGCGCAAUUGCAUCAAGCCGAACAACAGUUUUCUCCUGCAGUUGGAAACGUACCAAGGUAUCCUGGACGCGAUGAAGAACAAGGAGAAGCUGCAGAGGUCCAAGUCCGACACGAACCUGAAAUCUCCGACGUCCGUGAAGGACCAGUCAAAAAAGGAAGAGAAGUCGGACAAUAUCGAGAACAACCUGCGGGAGGUUUCAGGCUCGGAGUUGAAGAAGAGCAGCCAAAGACCGAAGAGUUGGUCGCCCAAUGUGAAAAUCGCUGAGAACAUGUUACCUUCCGUUCCUUUGUCGCAGUCUUUGGAGAGUAUUGACAAGGCGGGAAGUACGGAAGUAACGCGAGAGGAGCUUCUUCGCGGCUCGAAUCAAAAGCCGGCGAUAGAGCAGGAAGCGCGCAAUGUUCUGAUGCCCUGCGACAACGGGCAGUCCUACAGCGUGUCGCAGAACAAAAUAGUGCACCUACCCGCCCCUUCUCCCGGCACACCUAGCGUAAAGAAUAGAAUUAGUAAGUUGGAAACUCAGGGACAGAAGAGGAAGGGCUUGGUACUCAAUCUGACCAAUCAGUUCGAGGCGGCCAGCAGUAAACCGUCGUCACCGGGAUCCGACUCGGACGCUAAGCCGCUGCCUGCGAGCACGACGAUGGAGGACAACGGCAAGCCGGUCGAGAACGGCCACCCGCAUUGCGAGCAAUCGCAAGAGACACGAGAGACUGCUGCGAGUACCGUCGCGAAAGGAGCGGGAACUUCCGAACAGGAAGUUUGGGAUCCCGGCGAGGGACCGAAGACGAGGCGAAACGAGACGAACGAGUCCACCGAGAUCAACGAUAAUAGUGAAUGUCUAGUCUGGACUGCGUCCGCGGAUGCAACGUGUGCUGAUACGUGUGGUGACAACAAAACUAACGGAGGCGUGAGUGUGGAGAGUGAAUGUAUCGCGAGUGCGACGACGGCGGCGAUUACGACGUCGGUAACGACGAUUACGAGGGCGACUGCGGCGGCGGCGACGGCGGCGGCGACGGCGACGACGACGACGACGACGACGACGACGACGACGACGACGACAACUACGACAACGACAAGCGCUUCGUCGACGACGUCGACGUGUCCCCCCGACGUUGUUGCGGGAAACAAAGCGAGAAAGGACGGUGAUCCGUUCAGCGCUCAGUUGGAUAGGGUGUUCGAUCGCGAGGAGAGACGGGGCGAUCCUGUGACCAGGGAAUCUCCGAGCCGGCAAAGUUCCUGGAGCAGUUACGACAGCGCGGUGGUGCUCGAUAACAAUUCGGUGCACAGCUCGUGGGCCACGCUACCGUCGAGGAACAGUUCCUGGGGCUCUUAUGACAUGCGACCGUCCGACUUACUCGGCUCCAGCGGCCUGUUCCCCUAUGAUAAGGAGGAGAUACCGUGGCACCCGGGCACGGUGAAGCGCACGAAGCAAAAAUUGGAGGAAGGCGGCACGACUGCGGGUGGUGUGAAGCGGGUGUGCACUACUCAGAGCUCGAGCGCGGACGAGAAGAGCGACAGGUUGUCCGGCGAGACGGAGCCGGUAGUGCCGGUCGAUACGUACAAUCCGGUGCUGCUGCACCAUAUGCCGUCGCCAACGCCGCGAAGAAGGGACUCGUCGCCCACUCAGGAACAUAAUCUUAAAGUAGAAGCGAACAGAGAUUCCCCGAGUCCGGUAGGCAGCAUCGACAUCUCCCUAACGUCCAUGCGCCAGAUCGGACGGCUCUCUACCAGCGCGCCCGCGCCGUCCUCAUUGUCCUCCGAGUCCGAUCUGCCGUUGUCUCUGAGGUCCUGUAGAUCAGAAAGCGAGACGUCCAGUCCGUGCGUCGUCAAUACUCCUCAAUGCCCCUCCGUCAAACACCACAAGAUGGUCUUGGAGAAUCUUUGCAACAAGUCCGUGUUCAAUAAACGCUGCCUGUCCGUGGACGAUUCGCCGGAGACGGAGUGCCCGCGCAGCACGUCCGGCAUAGUCAAAAACCUGAAGAAGGAGUUUGAGGCGAAGUCGACCAAGUUGGAGAAGAGCCCGGAGACUGUGUGCGAAGGCGAAAGCACGAACGCGUCGUUGGCAGUGCGGCCCAAGAGGGACGUGAAGAUCAGAAGCUUGCCGUCGUCGCCGGUGAUACCGCACAACGAGUCCAAGAUUCAAUCGUCGUCCAGCGUCGGCGAAACCAAAGACAAGCAUAGCAGGAGGAGCGACGCGACACCGCCGCCGUCGUCGCAGGACAACAACAUGGAGGACCUCUCGGUCAGAGUGUUGGUGGGCAAGUACGAGGUGGCUAAGCCGGAGUCCAGGAAGAACUCCGACGUGCAGCUGCGUGUGCACAAGGACAAGGACUGGGACUCGAUGGAGGUCCAUCCGCCAGCCAAGUCGAAGAUCGCGCCGGAGUUUUCCAGGCGGUCCGCGCCGAUCAUGAUCAACAAUCAUUCGUCGUCCCUGUUCAGCGAGGCGCCGGAAGCACCCGGCAGGCCGCCGGUGCCCUCGCCCAGCGUGGUGGUGGCCAGCGUGGUGGCGAAGGCAGCUAGCAAGAAGCAACAGCAACACGGCAGAACCCAUCCCCUCGCUAGGUUGCAGGUCAGGCCUAGGCACAGCAGUCCUGUUUACAACACCAUGUAGAGGAAAGACAGACGACGCUGCUCUCCUGCUCCUGCUCCUACUUCUCCACCUCUACUCGCCCUCUUCCUCCUAAUCCUUCCCUUCGCCGCUCCCUCGUUCUUCGUGUGUGCGUGUGUAUAUGAUGUGUGUACGUCGGAUAUCGUUCGGACUUUUUUUAUGCGCGAUACGAGCGCGCAGCGUACCCCAACUCCGGGGACGUGUGUGCGAGUUACCCACGAUCGCGCCGCGGGUAACGUCAUCGUAACGAUGAAAUCGUGUGAUCUCUUUUUAAACGUUGGCGAUGGAGAUUGGAUUUUACGGAGCCAAGAUGGUCGAUCGCGCCUGUGUUCUAAGACUAGAUGUCUCUCUUCGUCGUCUUGUUCAGUUCUUUUUUUUUUUUUAUUUUUAUCUUUUUAUAUUUUUUUCCCUUCAUCUUCGCUGCGAUCGCUCGUAUAGUCCACCGCGCUCCACGUGUCGGGAAGAGUGAUCUUUAUCUCUCUUUUUUUCUCUCUUUCUCUCAUUUUCAAUAAAUGCAACUCAUUAUUUAUAAGACGGUAAUUUCGCGCGCGCGCGCGCGUGUUCGAAUCCUUUUUGUUUUCUUUUUUUACUAUACGCGAAACAGCGACAGGCGCUUUAUGUUCCUUCUCGUCAACGAUGUAUCUUGGCUUGGCGUUAGUUCAAUUAUUUUAAGCUGGAUAUGCAACAAUUACGAGGCUGCGCGUCGAGAAGGGGGUCAACGUAAAUUUAUAUAAGGAAGAUAUAUAAGUGGUUAUUCCUAUAUAUCGUUUUGUCGUAAGUUAGUGGGCUCGGAAUCAAACGUGCGUUGAGAGUCACGGAAAAGCGUGAUGAUAGUGGCGGUAGAAAACGACGACUUUUAGUGCGAAAGGCGGCGGUGUUGGUUUCUCGGGCCGCGAAAUGAGAAAAGAAAAGGAAAAGAGCCGAGUGCUCAGUCAGGCUGUGAAUGUAAGGUCUGAGCCUCGGGUGCACGCUGACCUUUCUUCUGCUUCGCUUUCUUCAUCCUUUUUUUCUUUCAUUCAGAUUCUCGACGUCAACUUCUUCGUGAGACUAAAUCUCCGAUUCUGCGAAGCGACGCGACAUAUUGUCGGGGCGAUUUUGUCGGGGCGUGUACACGGAACAAAAAAGAAAGAAAAUGUUACAUACGACGAGACCUCGAGAGAUAAUGUAAUAUUAAUAAGCCACGCUAUUAGUAAUUUAUAGGUGAUAAUGUGAUUAGAGUGAUGCACAGUGUGUGAGAGGACACGACGUAGCGAAGUGUGUUUUUUGUUGAGCGACUGUUUCGGAAGCACGAGUGUGAUCGGAAGAGGGUACCGAAUUUCACGAGCAGCUCUACCGAUCGUUUCCCAGAGCCCUUCAGCAGUUCUUCGGGAAUUCACCGUCGACGGCCAUAGUUUGCAUGAGAACGCGAAAAGUUUCGCCAAAUUAGUCAGACCAGGUUAGCGGUGUGUUAAUAAGUGGAAUAUAUAGACUCUUCUCCCUUGUAAGAUAUAUACAUAAUAAUUUAGUAUCGGAAUAAUAGUUUAGUUUUUAAAGACGUGUGAUAUAUGUUUAAACGAUGAUUCCAACUUUGACGAAGAAAAAGAAAGAAAUCGGAUUUUACAAGAUCUUGAUUGAGAGCUCUCGACUCCUGUCGCCGACUCGCCGCGCGCCGCGUUCACUCUAAGCCGAGAUAUCAGUCGUAACGCGUAGAUGUGGUGCAUCCGCUGUUUGCGAUCCCGGAAGAGUUCUCUCAGGGCGAAACGAAACGUUGCUCACGCGAAUGAGGUACCUCUCUCGUUCAUUAAUUGUUAUUAACCCUACUCUUUGUAUUCCUACUAUUAUAGAUUACCUUUAUCUCGAUUUAUUCAGAUCGGUUGAUCGGUAAACGCUUGUCAAAACGGCUGACGACGCAGCAACGACAUAUUGCGCAUCAGGAAGUCCCGCUAAUCAACUAAUUCGCGAGUCGCAAUGGGAAAGAAACAAAGAAAGAAAAGUAGUACAAUGAGAAACGGCAAAAGUUAGGCAAAAGGCACGUUGAUUCUUCUUCAGUGGGUGCAUGCAUGUACUGUAACUUCUCCAUCGAUCGACAUGGAGCGUAAUAUAUCUAAGGGUAAAUAUUUUUUUAAACACAUAUCAUUGACCUCUCUCAUCGUUAAUUUUUUUUUUUUUUUUCUUUUUCUUCUAAAUCACACAUGGAAACACGUAUUAUUCAUACACACCAUACACACAGCCUCCAUAUACAUACGUCUCCAUCGCGUCGCGGAAAUUUAGUUAGAACACACAGACGAAGGAGAACCCGGUUGAUCGCGCAUUUGACGACCAAUUUUAUACUCUGACGAAUGCGAGCGCUGCUAAGAGACGCGUCACGUCGCAAGCUUCGCGAGCGCGUCGCGAUUAUCGUGUAUAAAUAUAUUUUAUUACAAACACGUUUCAAAACCAAAUUAGGCUCGUUGAUCGUUUAGAUUGUAGAUACGUGGAUACAGGCGAAAGAGAUGCUGGAACUUGUAGUAGUUUUCCCGAAUAGUCUGUUGGAUCGCACCUAGAGAUUAACUACUACAUACUUACACGAUUAAGUACAAUCGGAUGCGAUUUAGGAGAAGUAUCUAUAUUUCUCUCUCUCUCCUCUCUCCUCUUUCCUCUUUAUGAUGCCCCCGCUACCGACGGCGACACAUCCCUCAUUUGAGCGCGACGACUGACCUCCGGUGCUCUGUACUUCAUUCAACACGGGCACCGAAUUCGGAAUCGCGAUUCGCGAGUCGUUCAUGAUGGGAGACGCUGGAGAUGGUCGUUCGAGAACCGUCGCAGUUCCUGCAUCGCGUGGAGUCCGGAGACGCGAGGAUCGUCCGACUAAACUAUCCCCGUCGAGGGUCUUGCAUCGCGAAACAGAACGUGUCGCCCUCGGCGCGAACGCCAAAACAAAGAAAAGAAACGAAAACGAUGCGCUUUCUGCUCUCUCUCAGCGCGUUUGCGCGCGCGCUCGAGCGGUCUUUUUUUUCUACACCGAGAGUCGCUUGUGUCAACCGAUGGAUUUGCUCGUGUCAAGUAAGUUUGUAUUGUCACAAAUCGAUGUGCUCAGUUUAGUGAUUGUCCCCCCCCCCUCUCAUCCCUCUCCCCCUCGUCCCAUUCGUUCCUUCGUCCCAUCGCUCCACUCUGUCCACCCUUAUACCCGCCCUCCCCCCUCGUCUUUUAAGUCUUGCUUAAGUGUGUGCGUUCGCUCGAUACGAGAAAUUGCUGUCAUAUGAGAAAUGAUGAUAAAACCGUACGUUGUUCUGUAUAAAUUUUGUACUAUAGUUUGUAUUAAACAAAAUACAUUGUUUAUUGCUUGAGA